CAUUUUAACCGGCCUCCCCAUUGGUCGGCUGUUUUAAUGGGCGUGGUUAAAAACCUCCCCAUGAUUAGUGUUGCUGAGGAAAAUGUGGCCUUCAAGUUAAAGUUGACGGCAGUCGCGGUCUUCACGCCAUUCAGGCUCUGUCAAGUUGAAUGGAGAACUCAACACGGGAGUGUGUUGCUCCGUAUGGCCAUGUGACAUUUGUGUGACACGUCAAGAAUGUGAGUCAUGAACUGCCAGGCCCUUUGGGAUAACGCCGACAGGUUGUUCAACAUGGAGUCCAAGGCCGGCCGUUUCCCGACGGUUCCAGAGCGAGAGCUGUACCGCAGCAUCCAGGCUGUGCUGCCUCGAGAAACGGACGUCCGCCAGUCCCCAGAUUGUCACAACAAAGGAAUUUUAAGAUGGACGUUGCACAAGAAGGUUCGGAACAAUCCUGCCAACAGCUUGUCUCUACUGUGGGUUCUGAUAAAAGAACUGGAGAAGGCGGAGAGGUGGGACAGCCUCGAAUACGUCAUUCCUUUGCUCCACACGCUCAUGUAUGCCAUCAUUCAGACAGCCUACAUCCCAGAUGAGUUGUAUAAGCGUGUUUAUGACUUCUGUAAGCGACUGCUGACCUACCCUCUGCCCUACUGCACCAUUGGGCUCAGCUACACCAGGCGAAUAAAAAUGGAGCGCUCCGUUCCAGAUCCCUCGCAGGGUUGCUACGGUGAGCUGGUUGAACCAAUGCUCGCACAUGCUGCAGGUCUUCUGUAUCAGAGGAUGGUGGUAGCGGAGCAGAGACUGAAGAAUGAGCAUUACCCCUUUCAGGAGAGGAUUUUUGUUCUGGCCGAUCCGGAGGUCUUUUCUGCUUCUCUGGCACAAGUGCUGUUGGCUGACAUUGAGGCGGCAUCUUCUUCAAGUUCAGUAGAGCACAAGCGCAGUGUGGUCCAACACUCCAUCCAGGCCGCUCUAGGAGAGCAGUGCCAUGCAUCCAACCUGGCGAAGAUCUUGAAAGAUAUAGACGUGGAGCCUUAUUUUCAGGAUGUGAUUGCAACUGCGGAGCGGUGUGUGGAAGACGAUUGCAGCAGGGUGGGGAGUGCGCUCAAGAGCCAUCUUCAGCAGCUGCACGGCGAUAUUGUCACGGGCCCAAACCUGGACGCUGCUUCCGUCGGAGCGCUUUUUGACUGCCCACUUCCGAACCCUGACAUGAGCUUCCACCUGUGGACAGAGGAAGUGGAUAUCUGGCGAGAGGUAGCCAAGUGGCUGCGAUCCAGUUCGUCAUCAGAGCAGUUCUCCCUCAAUCCGGAGCACGAGGACCCCGAGCUGGGCGACUCGCCGGGUGACCUGAUGCCACCCGACAAGACCCGCUUCUCCGUCCUGUCCAACGACAGCGGCAUCGAAAGAGACCUGCCCCACGGUGGAGACUCGUCGCCGGUGGCGUUGAUCGAAUCGGGCAGCGCCGGUGCCUCAUGGGAACCCUGCAAGAGCGAGCAAGAGUCUGUCAGGUUGUCCCGACGUGGAGGCAUGAAGGUGAAACCGUCUGUGAAGGACAGCGUGGCACUGAUGCAGGUCACCAUGGAGGGUCACGCGGGAGUACUUGGCGAUAAGGGCGGAGGAAGAGAGGUCACACUGCAGAGGAGAGCAGGAAGCCAUGCUUUCCUCAGACAGCAGCGGAUUUUUACUGCCAGAAUUGUCGUCAUGGGUGGUGAUGCCAUUAUGGGGCGCCUGGCUAAAGCCUACUACUGCUUAAGGAAAAGAGAAGCCCGGAGAGCUUUUCUUAGCAUGAAAGUUAACCUGCAGUUUUACUACAUCCCUGUUUGUGUGUCGCCAACUACUACGUCCUCUGGCAAGGAGAACUUUCAGCGCAAGCACAAUCCAUGCACUCUUGGAUCUUACUUGAGCGUGGUGGACCCGUGGUACAACUGCAACAUCAGCAGUUUAGGCUGCAUGAUGCCCAAGCUGGCGAAAAUGCAACAAACGAACCCAUCGAGGUCAAAAGAACCGUUUGUGUCCGACGUCAUUUCCUACUACGUGCGAAUGGGCCAGCAGCCAGUCAACUUCAACAUCUACUUUGUCAAGCUUACAUUUAGCAGCAUGACCAAGGAACCAGUGGAAGAUGUCUUCCUCACACAUUUAGAGGUGGCCGUUCCUCAUCUCCGACACGCUUCAGCGCCCAUGAGAGAGAAGUCGAAGAAGAGUGUGGCUGAUCUACACGGAGCACUUGUCUGCGUCAGUUACAAAAAAGUGACACUAAGUGGCCGCGACACUGACAGAGGCCUCCCCAUGAGGACAACUGGCGCUCGCGUCAAUGCGAUUCCCUCGAGUGCAAAAGAAGAUCUCAACUCUUUGACACUCACCUUGAAGGAAUGGUCAGCGAAAGCUAAAAACAACAUCGGCGAGUUCAAAAUCAGGAGCAAUAACAUCAAGAUGUGUUCACUGGAGACUCUGUCCUCACUCAAAGUGACCUUAGACGGAGACUGUCAGAGGAUCUACAAUGAUGUGGAGAGCAUCGAAAUCAUUCCCUGCCUUGACCCUGGAUACUUUGUCCAAAAAAACACGAUGUCCAAAUUGAAGCUGGGCGAUCACAAGGACGCCGGCCUGAGCAAAUACAUGAGCAAAGGACUUGGUGUGCCCGUCAACACCUUUGCCGGCUUCAUCGACUGACCUCUUCUGCGUAAAGAUGCUUGGGUGACAUAUAAAAAAAGCUCCGGUGAAAUGGAGUCCUUCCUUGGUGGUGGCCACAGUCUUCUUGAUUGAUAUCCAAUGUUUUGGCCUAAAGUGCGGAGAUGUGUUGCGAUUGCACAUCAUCAUCACAGUCCUUCCUAGUCGAGGGCUUGUUGAAGAGCUGCCACUUGUUAUCCGGGGCAAAAUGUGAUUGCAGAUAGUCACCUGUGCUUCAUAUGGAUGCGGUGUAAGCAGUCUUUGAUGCAGAAACGUCUGUGUGAAUCCUAUCGUAAAUGGUGUAAAUAAAUGAAGUUUUCACGAUU